UCUUCUUCCAGCGGCAUCUGACAUUCAGGAAGUGGGAAAGUGUGUGAGCUUUGCUGCGUGGGGACCCAGGCCAGUUUUCCCCUUGAAUGUGGAGCUAAUAAACUUAAUAAAACCGCAAAGUGAAUGCAACUUGUGCGCUGUGCAUGCAGCUGAGUGGCUCUGACAAUGGGAGCGAAUAACAGCACCCGUCGUGUCUCCUUUGAGUCAGAUGAGAAUGACAACAUUACUGUGGUGAAGGGCAUACGGCUUUCCGAGAGUGUCAUCAACCGGAUGCGAGAAACUUCAACUCCUCCAAAACGCGCCACCGCUCCACCUUCUCCGCCCCCUGCACCUGCCUCUGCACCUGUCCCUGCACCAGCACCAAUCCCCAUCCUCCCCCCUCCCCUCCUCCACCCAUUACCUCCACCUUUUGACCCCAUCACAUCUUUACCCCCUCCACCUGUGGCUCCUCCCCCCAAAGCAGAACCAUCUCCACCACCACCACCUCCUACCGUGGAAGCUGUUAAACCUGAAGCUCCUUUGACUCCACCCGGACCCUCCAUUGAGGCCACACCUUCUCCACCUCCUCAGGUAGAACAGACCCCCGCUCCUGUAGCUCCUGCCGCUCCUGCCGCCCCUGCCGCUCCUGCCGCCCCUGUCCCAGAGGUGGAGCCAGAGCCCGUUGCAGUCUCACCUCCUCCAUCUCCUCCACCGCCGCCAGUGGACGAAGAGGCCCUGAAGAAGAAGAUCACAGAGGAGCUGAGUAAAGAGCAGCAGAAGGACCGAGCCAAGGCAGAACAGGAGCUGCAAGCCUGGCUGGAGUCUGAGAGGGCCAGAGUCACAGCCCACGCCCAGGCCUCGGCUCAGUCUCAGGUGAAGGACCAAGUGUCCAAGCUCCUGUCUGCAGAGAGAGCAGCUGCUGAAGGAGACCUCCAACAGGCCAUCGUCAGAGAGAGGAUCGCCACAGAGGACGAACAGCGCAGGGUGCAGCUCUAUGCCAAGCAGCUGGAGGCCGUUGAGGCAGAUCUACAAAGACGAGAUGCUUUCUACAGAGACCAGGUGGCCCGGCUCGAGGAGAGGAGCGCUCAGUUCUACAAGGUCACCACUGAAAACUAUCACAAAGCGGCGGAUGAAGUCAAUGCCAAGUACAAGCGGUUCGAGGCGUCGCCCGUUUGCGCUGACCUACAGCAGCAGAUCCUCGCGUGCUACAGGGAAAACUCCGGGAAAACCUUGAAUUGCUCCAACAUCGCCGCCCUCUACCUGCAGUGUGUCAACAAAGCGAAGCUGGACAAGUUGAAGACCGGAGGCUAAGGAAACAUUAACAAAUCGCAAAAGUUUAUUGUGUGGGAUUUGUUAUCACUCUGAACUGACAGGCGACCGGACAAGAGAAAAUGAGUCAGCGGCAAAACACGGCAUUUCCAAAACUCAGAGGACAACCACCACCGAGACGAAAGCUUAGAGAAAAAAAAAAAGUUUUAUUUCCUGUGUUCUGUUUAUUUCGGACAAAUCAUGGCCAUCUGAAAAUCUUAGAAAUCUAUUUUUACAAUUAAGACGAAGUUUUAGUUUUUUUUCCCCAUUGUUUUGAAGCUUGUCUAUGCAUUUUCCCACUGAUAUGUAAAAGUGUAACUGCGUCAUCUUUGUGUUAAUUUAAAAAUGUUUUGGUGUGUUCCUCCAGACCAGCGCUUGUGGGACAUCUGUCGGAUCAAAAAGAAAUAAAAGAUUAAAGUGUGUGACUUGAUUCUCCGCGUAAAUAUUCAA